AUGACCCGAGCUCUUAGUAGCGAAGCAACAUUAUAUAAAGAAAUCAUCGAAGAAGCAAAAAAGAAUAAGAAGCUCUUUUUUAAUGAGAGUACAGUUGGUGCUAGUUUACCAAUUAUUAGUACAUUGAAAGGUUUGGAAUCUGAUCUGCGUGACAAUUUAAAUGGGUUAGAUGUUGCUCGUAAAGUCAUAAUUCUUAGUAGAAUUACUGGGAUGAACCUAUCUCUUGAUACAUUACCUGUAGAAAAUAUUGUACCUGAACCUUUAC